AGGUCGCGCGACCUUAACAUCACGUGAUAAUAAGACGCCAUUUUCUUCUGGAAACAGCUGUUUGGCGUCAAGUUUGCUCAACGUAAAACACUAUGAUUUUCAGUUCGAACGAUAUAUUAACUCCUACACAAUUAAAAAAGUUGUCUAAUCAUGAAUAUAGUGCUUUAGGAUUGACUUUAUUGGAUCCUUACGUCCAACCUUACUGGAAUUGGAUAGUAGAGAAAUUUCCGAUAUGGUUCGCACCAAAUUUAAUGACUAUUUUGGGUUUAUUGAUAAACGUGGUUACUUCUCUUCUUCUUGUCUACUUCAGUCCCGAUGCCAGACAAGAGGCUCCAAGAUGGUCAUUUUUCCUAUGUGCUUUGGGUUUGUUUAUUUACCAAACUUUAGAUGCUUGUGAUGGUAAACAAGCUAGGAGAACAAAAACUAGUUCACCUCUAGGCGAAUUAUUUGAUCAUGGAUGUGAUUCUCUUUCAACUGUAUUUGUUUCACUUGGAGUAUGUAUUGCUGUUCAACUUGGUACGUAUCCAGCCUGGAUGUUCUUUCAGUGUUUCACAGCAAUAACAUUGUUCUAUUGUGCUCAUUGGCAAACUUAUGUUUCAGGAAUAUUAAGAUUUGGAAAAUUUGAUGUAACAGAAGCACAAUUCAGUAUAAUGGUGGUACAUAUAAUAUCUGCCAUCUUUGGUCCUACAAUAUGGUCUUUAAAGAUUCCAAUAUUAUGCAUUCAACUGAAAAUACUACCUACAAUUUUAGUGAUUGUAGUUGUCUCUGUGGUCAUGUAUGGUUAUAUGAUCAUCAUUUUCACUGGUGGUGCAGGAAAAAAUGGAUCGACGGUUGCCAUACCUUACUUGCAUGUGGAACUCAGAUUACUGCCCGUGGCUUUGGCCCUAACGGUAUCGGUGAUUAUAUGUUACUCUCUGUUAACUAUCAUUUUAUCCGGCGGAGUUGGCAAGAAUGGUUCCACAGUUGCUGGUACUAGUGUUCUUUCUCCAUCCAUUCCCAUCAGUUUGGUGGUCAUUCCUGCUUUCAUAAUUUACAGAAAGUCCACUUACAAUAUCUACGAAAACCAUCCAUGUCUAUACAUCUUGGCCUUUGGUAUGGUGGCAUCCAAAGUCACAAAUAGACUUGUCUUAGUAUUUGUUUCACUUGGAGUAUGUAUUGCUGUUCAACUUGGUACGUAUCCAGCCUGGAUGUUCUUUCAGUGUUUCACAGCAAUAACAUUGUUCUAUUGUGCUCAUUGGCAAACUUAUGUUUCAGGAAUAUUAAGAUUUGGAAAAUUUGAUGUAACAGAAGCACAAUUCAGUAUAAUGGUGGUACAUAUAAUAUCUGCCAUCUUUGGUCCUACAAUAUGGUCUUUAAAGAUUCCAAUAUUAUGCAUUCAACUGAAAAUACUACCUACAAUUUUAGUGAUUGUAGUUGUCUCUGUGGUCAUGUAUGGUUAUAUGAUCAUCAUUUUCACUGGUGGUGCAGGAAAAAAUGGAUCGACGGUUGCCAUACCUUACUUGCAUGUGGAACUCAGAUUACUGCCCGUGGCUUUGGCCCUAACGGUAUCGGUGAUUAUAUGUUACUCUCUGUUAACUAUCAUUUUAUCCGGCGGAGUUGGCAAGAAUGGUUCCACAGUUGCUGGUACUAGUGUUCUUUCUCCAUCCAUUCCCAUCAGUUUGGUGGUCAUUCCUGCUUUCAUAAUUUACAGAAAGUCCACUUACAAUAUCUACGAAAACCAUCCAUGUCUAUACAUCUUGGCCUUUGGUAUGGUGGCAUCCAAAGUCACAAAUAGACUUGUCAUUGCUCAUAUGACCAAAAGUGAAAUGGAUUAUCUAGAUUCUAUACUUAUUGGACCAGGAAUGCUCUUUCUAAAUCAGUAUUUCAAUACCUUCAUGAAUGAAUAUGUUGUACUCUGGCUAUGUCUAGUUUAUUCUGCAGCUGAUCUGUUCCAUUACUGUAUGAUAGUUUGCAAUCAGAUAUCUGCCCAUUUAAAAAUACAUCUGUUUUCAAUUGCACCCAGAACGACUGUCGUGCCUGCCUGUACUUUCUCAACAAAUGGAACAAAGAGGACGGGAAGUACGAUAUCCAAACUAAAGUAGAUUUGUUAUAACUAAGACAAACAUAUAUUUUGAUUGCCAUUAAGGACAGUUCAAAUCGUCCAAAAUGGAAAUUAAUUACAGUGUAAAAAAUUUCAUAUUGGCAUUUCAUAUUUACUCAUAAGAGAAUAUUUUUAUUACAAUUUUAAUAUGUUUUGACGAAAUAUGGCACUUCCCCACUACCGACUCAUCUGGACGAUGUUCCUUGCUGUGAUAUACGUAGUAGAUUUUAGAAUUCAGGCCAAUUAAACUAGUUGAUAGCUACAGACAGGAAGCAUCUCUUUUGAGAACAGUUUUAUGUAUAAUUUUGUCAAUUUCAAGCUUAGUAACUGCAUACUUAGGUUCUAUGCAAAUUAAUCCUUAACGAAGAAAGGUCACAUUAAUUUAUGCCAUAGUUAUAACGUCUAUCGUCCGUGCAGUUGUUUGUAAUUUUGAUUUGUCCACGUACGUUCACAUUUAAAUUUGGAAACGAUUAUUCGACGCAACAUCGAGAUAUUGAAUAUGCACUAUGAGAAUGCCAUUCGAUAAUUUAAAUCAUUCCUAACUGUAGUGGGAUUUUUUUAUAAUUACAAGUAUUUUUUGUAAUAAUUUUGUUAAAAUUUCUGCUACUAAUGGCUUUUUUCCCCCCUCCACAUUUUUUGAAAAUGCUAUUGAUGGGAUAGUUCUUCCACUUAGCUCCUGAAAGAAAGAUUUAUGUUAAGCAGAAUGGAUUGUUUGUAGUUAAAACUAAUUCUGGUAUUUAUAAUUAUUUACAAGGCAAAAGACAAUUUGUAACUUAUGAUCCUUUCAGCAAAAUUAAAUAUUUUAAUUGCGAUCAAGAAAAAUUCCUACAUUCCCUUUAUUAGUUUGUAAAUAUUACUGUUACAUCACUAGGAAUGUUGUCAAAUUUCUGACAUCAUUAAGUUUGUGUGUAAGUCUGUUUCUAGUAUUCAUGCACUAGUUUCUCCUAAUUUGAAUAGAAAUUAGAUAUUUUAAAAAUCUGUAUUUAUUGUAGAAAAGUGUAAAGCAUUAAAAUUGAAGAAACCCUUUCUAAAUCAAUUUCAGUCAUUCAUUAGUCCUAUUGUGUAUCUAGUCAAAGAAAAAAUUAUUUUCAA